AUGGAUCCCAUCCGCAGUUUCUACGGGAGACUGCGGUCGCUGGCCGUCACCCUGGACAGCGAGGCUGCCCGACUGCAACCGGCGCUGACCGGAGAGGAGAGCGACUUUGAAGACUAUGCAAUGAAGAAUUUAUGUGACCUGCAGUCAGAAGUCAAGGCUCUAAAGAAUGAUGCGAAUCAUCUUCUUCAUAAAGCAAGUUUGGAAAAUAAAGAAAGCACUGAUUUCUUAAAGACAGCCAAAGUGCUGAUGAAAAGAAAUUCGGCGGAGAUCAUGAAAAUAAGAGAGUUUUUCCAGAAGUAUGGAUAUAAUCCACGGACCAAAGAAAAUUCAGCAGAGGAGCAUGAAACCACGAACUCCAAGCCUGACGUGACUGAUGGUGAAACCCUUCAGAAGCCGGAUGGGAAGGAUCUCUCUAUUCCCAGCAGCUCUGUUUCUGACAAGCUGCCACGGAGUCCACAACUUUCUGAUUUCGGGCUAGAGCGGUACAUGAUAGCCCACAUUCCACCCCCUCAUCCACAAGAAGUAAAUGACCAGAAAGAAGAGCCCAGAGUUUUAACCCCACCUGCCAAACAAUCACCAGCUAAAAUACUCAAGACUCCCAGGUGUGCACUGCAGAUGGAUGACUUUGAGUGCAUAACCCCUAAAUUAGAACACUUUGGUAUCUCUGAAUAUACGUAUUUAAAUGAAGAUUACACGUUGGGCCUUAACAUCAUGGAAAGUAACAAAAGUUUCCCCAUGACUGGUGCCAGUGAAGGAGCCAUCGGGACAGAACCAAUUGCCAACGAUGACUUCGUUGUCUCUCCUGGCCCCGUCAGCCAGCAAUUGGGAAAACCUGGUGCUGAGUAUACAUUGUCACCCUUGGCCCCAACAUUCUGCACCCCAGGCUUGAGAAUCCCUCCUACAAUCAACAGUGCAGAUUUGGUACAUUGCCACAAAACUGAACCCUCAGAUGAGCCACUAACAAAAGCAAAGAGUUCAACCAGUGAUUUAGAAAGGACAAAUUUUACUUCACUAAUUUUAAAUUCAAAGGAAUCCUUUGAGAAUCUGGCAGACCCGUCUUCCCCUACGAUUUCUUCUUAUGAAAAUCUACUCAGAACCCCCACACCACCAGAAGUAACGACAAUUCCCGUGGAUAUUCUCCAGAUUUUGUCAAAGUACAAUUCAAACCUAGCUACUCCAGUAGCUGUCAAAACAGUGCCACCCAGGAAAGUCUUUCUUCCUACACAUGAUGGACAAAACGUUCUAGAUGUUUGCAACAAAGAAAACUGAUGAAAGUUUCUGUUUGCAGGAGUUCUAAUGGCUCCUCCCAUUGUAGAAACCAAGUAAAACCAAAUGAAAGGCCGGAAGACUCGUUUUGGCGGCUCACCACGCCUUGCUGCUUCGCCCUUAAAGCCAGCCCGUGUGGAAGGAGCUCGUGGGCAGCAGAUGUCUUCACAGGCCUCUGCUUCAGUUCGGAUUUGGCUUAACCUCAACCUUGUUUCCAAGUACUCUAGUCAUUCAGCAUUUAAGGGUCAUUACUGUUUAGUGAUUUCAAAUACCCUGUAAUCUCACAAUGAU